CGUCUUGCCAAUGCCAUAUACAAUACAGAUUGUCCUUCCGAAAGUGACGAAGAGGUCAUGUCGUCGUUUUUUGUCGAUGCAAACGGUGUUGUAUGCCAAAAUUUUGCCGAGUGCUUGCGUGAUGCAGUCGGAUGGGAUGAUGGAAGAGGUGUAAUAGAUUUAAACGUAUCAAUAAGCCUGCUAGACUCGAAUGGAAAUACAAAGCCUCUAAAUGAUUCUUUCAACCAUUUGGAUUGGAAUGAUGACAACGAAGACAGUCACGACAAUGCCAAUGUGACCACUGAUUACGUUCUAUCCACUGGCGUCAACACAUUGAAUGACGUAUAUCGUAAUACAAUCGAUUCAAUUGAUAACGAUCAGAUUGUAGAACUCAAUGCUCACCAAGAUACAAAUUACUGUGAUGACAAUGGCUCUGAUCAAUCAGACGAUAUAGAACAGCAAUCAAACCUUGAUCAUGCCAACUCAUCUUUUAUUCGUACACUGUUCCCUGAACACAGCCGAUCGCGCGGUGCCGAUUGUAACGGUAGUAAUAGUAACUGUAGUCACAAUACCAAAACUCAUUGCAAAGCCAUCACCCACACCUGUAACGGUGAUUGUUUGGGCCGAUAGAUUUGUUUCUGGCUGAAAAUGAAUAAACUAUUAUUUCAACG